AUGAAAUAUUAUUAUUAUUUGGAUAAACUUGAAAAGAAAAUGAAUGUUGUAUUUCUGAUUCUCUUUAUUGGUGCUUUCUCAACUUACUGUAACACCUAUGAAGAUCAAGGAAAUAUUUAUUGGUGUGAUAACGGUAAUCAGAAUGGAUUUAGUAUAAUUUCUUAUACCAACGGAAAUUAUAUCUUGAACAUAUUUUCUGUAAGCGCAACAAGUAUUACAUUCACUCCAAACAACGAUUCAACAGUUCGCCUUCCAGAUGUACGAUUUAACGGAGGGAGUUAUAGUAAAGUUGUAUUACAGACUGACAACUCCAAGCAGCCAUUCACAGUCCACAAUCUGAAUAUAGACAAACUUAUUUUAGAUUUUAAAUGGAUUAACACCGAGUUUACACAAAUAGACACAACAAUCAAUGCUAGAGUUUUUUUAUAUAACAAACCAACCUUUAUUAAAUCGAUGAUCAAUGAAAGAAUGUACUUGGUGUUUAAAACAAAGUUCAAUGACACUAACAAUUUAUAUGUAAAUAUUGACUUCACUUCAAGUGUAUUUGAUGUAUAUCCAAUCAUUGGCUUUAUAUCUUCAAUUCCAAUGUUGGACGAUUAUUUUUUAAAUAAAACAUGCGUUUACCUCUUUUCUGGUAAUGCUGUUACAAUCAAAAAUGUGUAUUUGCAAGACUCUAAAUUUCUUAUAACAAACUAUGGAGUUCUUUCAAUAUGCAAACGUGACAAUUAUAACAGAUUUGUAUUACAAAAACAACCAGUUACAUACACAAACGAUUGUUCUUGCAAGAUGUUGAAUGGCAACGUUGCGAUGCAAACGACACUUUUCAAUUAUCCAGACUGUAUUUACAAUUCAUCAUACCUUGACUUAUACACAACAUAUACGGAUACAACAACUACAAUUGGUGAUUUAAAUAUGUGGAAUACAAUAAUUUUUAUGAAAUCAUAUCAAUCAUUAAUUAUUGGAACUGAUAUUAUAUUAACUUUAAACAAACUUUUUGUCAUACAAGGAGGGUGUUAUAUAAAUGGACUUGUCAAGAUUGAAAAACAGAUACAUUCACAAAACAGAAUACCAAUAUACUUUGAAACUACACCCACUUUUGGUUAUACUACUAAUUAUUUAACAAAUGAUGUCAUUUUUUAUUACAAAACAAAGAGCAGUUCUUUUGAUUCAAUUACAAGUGUAACCAAAUGUGAACAUGCUGUUAUGCAUUCCAACUCGGACUGUAGUACAAGUCAAAAAUGUUAUUUAAAUGGAAGUUCGACUGUAACAACAGCCAAUACAUAUAAUGGAAAAACUAAUUUAUUUUGUGGACUCAAUACACUCCCUUUUCUGUUUGAUCUGGUAUUCUCUUCAACGUUUGGAGGGAGUUAUAAAAUCAGUGGAGAGUCGUAUUGGAAUCAACUUUACUGUUUGGCAACGAGUUGUAAUUUAAGUUCUACCAAAGUUAUUGAUAUCAAGAAAAUAGUUGUUGACAACACUUUUGGAGAUUUAAUUUUGAACACAGAGAUUAUUAUUGAAAACUAUGAAAUUACUACAACUAAAACAUAUAAUGUCACGAUGAAUAUGGACAUAACAACUUUAAAAAUUGAUAUACAAAACAAUAUGAAUACAAACAUUCUAUUUGUUAUUAAGAACGGUACUUUGGCUAUUAAAAAUAUUGAAAUUGGCUCCUCCGUGAUAACUUGUAUUGAUAUCGUUUCAUCCAAAACUUCAAUUACAGAAUACUCAAGUGUUACAAUUAAUAAUUCAAAUUACAAAGUUAUGACUGAUUUACUCUCACAAAGAUUACUUAGAAUAUGCCCAACCAACAAUGAAAAUUCAACAAUUGCGUGCAUUGAAAAAGCAUCACCAAUUGCAACAUCAAUAACUUCCGAUUAUAAAUACCCUCAUUGCCCUUGUACACAAUCAAAUUGCGUUGUGCAAUUUUCUGGUGAUGUUUUUAAUUUACAAAACGUACAACUUCAAGGAACUCUAAUGAUGAAAUAUCACUCUUCUUCAGUAGAACCAAAUAUUAUAAAUGUGAAUAAUAUCAAUUUUCUCAAAACAGAAUAUGGAAUGAAUAAUGUUAUUCACUUGUAUAAAUCUGUUCAUGUUGAAUUUGGUAAACUCACAAAAUAUGAUUCUACUCAAGUAUUAAAAUUUGACUCACCAUUUGUUGUUGACGGAACCAACAUGCUGAAAUGUGCUCUUUUUGCUGAAGUUCAUUUCACAAAUCAACAAUUUACAAUCGAUUCAUUGAGAAUUGCAAAAGAUACAGUAACAUCUGUUGUUGAAGACACAGUAAACAAUUUCAAUAUUAAAGAAAUCAUAUCCACUAAUCAAAUUAGCGCAAAAGGAACUCCACUUUUUAUUACCAAACCAAGUCAAAUGCAACUCAGUGUUGAUGUAAGUGAUUAUAAUGAUGUAUUGAAUUAUGUGUAUCCUGUCAUGUUCACUUAUAAUAGAACAGUUAUUAAUAAGAAUCUGAAAUGCGACGGACAAGUAAUUUUCAUGGGAAAUUCGCAAUAUUCAGAUUGCCAAAAAUAUGGAUGUGGAGAACAUGUAUGUUACUACUCAAAUGUAUUCUAUCAAAGGAAUUUUCCUUCUUUAGUUGAUUACAGCUGCCCUCCAAGUAAAAACAAUGAAGGUGUGAAAAGUUCGAUUUAUGUGACGUCGAGUGGAGCAAUACUAAAAAUGACUAAAAGUGUUGAUGAAAUUAUUUUGAUGGCUUCUUCAACAAUAAACACACCAGUUGGAACUUUUGUUUUGAGAAGUGAAAAAAGUAAUUAUGUAGCUAUAUUCACAAAUACCAAUAAAAAUGUUAUAUCGAUAAAUGAUACAAGUACUUCUUUUAAAAUUACAGCGAGUGGAGAUUGUGUUGUUAUAACACAAAAAUUGGGAAUUACAGAAUCAAGCGAUACACAAAUUUACAUUAAAAAUGAUGGAAUGUGUGACGCAUUUUAUUUUAACGAAAAUAAAAAGUGCAUUCAAUGCAAAACCGGGAAAUUAUUUGGAAAUACAUGUUAUGAUGUGUCUUCUGUUUCAAAUUGUAAAAAUUUGAAUAAAAAUUUUGGGUGUGAAGAUUGUAAAAUUGGAUAUGGCAAUUUGAUAUAUUCGUGUAACAGUUGUGGUUCCAAUUGUAAUCGGUGCGUGUCAAAUACCUUACGAAAUUCAUUUACAUGUAUCGAAUGUAAAAAUGGUUAUUAUUUGAAAAAUGGAAAAUGUGAAACGUAUGACAACACUAACACUAAACUAUUCUCAUUGAAUUAUACAAUAUUAUGUCAUAGUGGAUAUUACUCUACUGUAACGAGUUGUGAAAAGUGUAUCGAUAAUAAUUGUGAUGUAUGUGUUGAAAAUGGCAUGAGGUGUGUUAUAUGUAACACCAAAUAUUAUUUAGAAAACGGGAAAUGUAUACCAUACAAAGAAGGCACUGUAUAUUCACAAGAUUUCGUAACAUGUGAAAAGGGGUAUUACGUGAAUAUAAUUCAAAAUAAAGAAACAAAGUGUACUAAAUGUUCAGAAACGUAUGGUGAAAAUUGUGAAACGUGUAAUUCAAAAAGAUGUUCAAAAUGCACAAAAGGUGUUUUAGAUUUAAAUGGCUUUUGUACAUUAAACAGUGGGUGUGAGAUUAUUGAAAAUGGUAUGUGUGUCAGAUGUCAAGCUGAAUUGAACACACGGUACUUUAAUGGUGCUAAAUGUGUAUUAUGUGAUAAAAGUGUGAAUUGUACAAAAUGUGAAUUUAAUAAAUGUGUAGAAUGUUCAGAAAAUAGUUAUUUGUACGACGGCGAGUGUCACUCUACUAUCAAUAAGAAUUGUGAAAUUAUUAGUACAACAAACAACUUCUGUUUAAGUUGUCCAAAUGGGUUUUAUUUAAACAGCCAAAAGACGUGUAUGAGUUGUGGCAAUAAUUGUAGUGUUUGUUCUUUAGAAAGUGUAUCGAGUACGCGCUCUUUUAAAUUGGAUGACGCUUCUGUUAAACAAAAUGAUUUAACUUUGGUUUGUAAAUUGUGUAAAGGUGGGUAUGCUUUUAAAGAAUACACAACUAUAUGUCUUGAUUCAAAAGAAACAACAGAAAACUGUAAAAAUGCAAUUCCAGGAACAUCUUCAAGUGGCUGUGCCGUAUGUAUGGAUGGGUAUUAUAGAGAUAAUGUCAUUUGUAAACCAUGUAUUUCCAAUUGUCAAUUUUGUAACACCAAUUCAACGUGUUUAGGAUGUGCAUCAGAGUAUUUCUUGUUAACUAAUUCGACAAGAUGUGUUCCUAAUUCUGAAAAUAUCAAUUGUAAAAAAGUGUUGCCAAAUGGGUGUGACACGUGUAAUGAUGGCUUUUUUGUUGAUAAACAAUUUUGUACUUCCUGUGACUCAAUAACACCUUUUUGUGUAAAUUGUAAUACACACAGUGGUCAAUGCACUUCAUGUGUAUCCAACUACAUUUUAUCAGGACAGUCUUGUGUUUUAUUUUCAACAAUUGAACAUUGUAAAAAAGAACAUAAUUCCAAAUGCUCCAAAUGUUCUUUUUGGUACAUUCCAAGUGAAGAUGGAGAUCAUUGUGAUACACAUGCAGUUUGGUGGUUUAUAUUAAUAUGGGUACUUUUUGUCAUUAUAGUAGUGAUUAUAGUAACUCUCAUCAUUUGUUUCUCUGUGAAGUAUAUUAUGCAAUAUAUGAAACUUGAAGAACAGCGCGAGAAAACAGCUAUCUUUGAUAUGAACAAAUCAAACAUCAGUUUUAUGAAACUCGGCACUUCUCGUGUUAUGGUAAAUAAGCACCAAAUUGAACUUUUAGGAGACGACAAAAUUGAGAUUCCAGUCACAGAAGAAAGUCGCGAAUUGAUAUGUAUUGGAAAUGGUGAUAAGACUGCCAUUAAAGUACAAUUCAGUUUCAAAGAGAAGAGUGACAAAUACACCAUUCGAACCACGCCUGAGUUAUUUGUAAUUCCAUCUGGUAAAGCAGCUGAAUUUGAAAUUUUUGUGACUCCACUUUGUACAUGUACUGUAACAGACAAAUUGGUUUUAGUAUCCGUUAACAUGAAGAAAGGUACUCCUGAGAUGAAUGAAAUUCCAAUACGAUUUCAAACAGUCAUUUCAUCACGACUUGAUUAUGAAGAAGUUGUAGAAGAAAAGAAAAUUGGCGAAGGAUCAUUUGGAGUUGUCUACAAAGGGACUUAUAGGAGGAAUAUUGUUGCUAUUAAAAAGAUGAAGAAUGAAGGAUGUACAAGACAACAAAUUGAAGAAUUUGAAAAAGAAGUGAAGAUGCUAGAAAAGUUCAGAAGUGAUUAUAUCGUCCAUUUCUAUGGUGCAGUAUUUGUGCCAAAGAGAAUAUGUCUUGUCACUGAAUUUGCGGACUUUGGAAGUUUACAAGACUUAAUGAAUCACAAAAAGAGUGAAGAAAUUGAGAUGAACGUACGUAUUAAAUACAUGUUAGACGCAUCUAAAGCCAUAUUCUAUUUACAUGAAAAUGGGAUCUUACACAGAGACAUCAAACCAGACAACAUUCUAAUCUUUUCACUUGAUUUGAACGUAAAAGUAAAUGCUAAAUUGACUGAUUUUGGUUCAAGUCGAAACGUCAAUUUAUUGAUGACUAACAUGACUUUCACAAAAGGGGUUGGAACACCAAAAUAUAUGGCGCCUGAAACACUCGACAGAAUGAAGUACAAAAGACCUGCAGAUAUCUAUUCUUUUGCCAUCACAAUGUAUGAAUGCUUUAUUUGGGGUGUUGCGUUCCCAAAAAGUGAAUUCCAAUACUCAUGGAAUAUAGUUGAUUUUGUGGCCUCUGGAAAACGACGACAAAAGCCAGGUUUUGUCACUGAUAAUCAAUUUGAGAUUAUCACAGAGUGUUGGAAACAACAACCUGCAGACCGACCGCCCAUCGAGGAUGUUGUUGAAAAGUUAGAGAAACUAUAA